CCAAUGACAGAACCUAUCAUUUUCUAUGACAUCCCUAGCAAGGAUUCGCCCUCGAAGGCAUGGUCGCCGAACACCUGGAAGACAAGAUUCUGCCUAAACGUAAAGGGCAUCCCAUACAAGACCGUCUGGGUCGAGAACCCGGACAUUGCGGCCCUCAUUCGAAAGAUCGGCGCGCUCCCGACCGACGUGAACGACGACGGCACUCCAUACUACUCCCUGCCCGCGAUCUACGACCCGAACACGAAGACCGCGCUCGCGGACUCCGCCGCCAUCGUGCGCUAUCUCGAUCGCACGUACCCGGACACGUACUGCCUCGUCCCUGCGCACACGGACGCGCUGCACGCCGCGUUCGGGCGCGGGUACGGCUCGCUGCUCACGCUGAGCCCGAUCAUCGUCCCGCAGACGGUGCACCUCCUCCCGCCGCGCAGCGCGGAGUACUUCCGCACCACCCGCGAGGUGUACUAUGAGAAGAAAUUGGAGGAGGUCUCGCCGCCCGGGAGCGCGAAGCGCGCGGAGUUAUGGGCCGGCGUGGAGAAGGCGUUUGCGACGUAUACGAAGUGGCUCGCGGCGGGCGGGGAGGAGCAGCGAUUCUUCCUGGGCGAGAACAUUGGGUACGCGGAUGUGACGAUCGCGAGCAUCUUGAUGUGGAUGCGCGUCGUGUUUGGGGAGGAGAGCAAGGAGUGGAAGGAGGUGACGGCUUGGGAUGGGGGGCGUUGGGCGAGGCAUGCGGACUUCUUUAAGAAGUUCGAGGCUGUGGAUGUGGGUGAGGCUGCUGAGAUCUGAACUGUGUAUCCCAUGUAUGUACUGGCAUCGUAGGAUUGUCGCAGUACUAGUGUUGUAUUCCUUGUUGAUAACUGAGAUUUUGAACCUAC